AUGGCUGAGCACUGGGCUAUGAAGGAUGACGAUAUCAAGCGUCAGGCUCUCCGCGCCAUGGAGGCCCUCGAGACGCUAUUUUCCAAGGCCAAGGCUGAAGUUGUUCGCUCGUUGGUUUACCUCGGAAACAAGGAGAUGGAGGAGGGCGCUAAGAAGGUUCUCCAUGAGAUCAUCGGUGACCUCUUCGACUAUGGUCAUGAUAUGUGGCUCUUGCGUCGUUACGUGGACAGACUUCAGCACCUGAAGCCAAGCAUGACUGACAAAAUGCUCCGCCAGCGAGUAAUCACCGAGUACGAGGCCGGCAAAUUCGAUCGCGCCACUCCCACGCCACAGUCCAAGGCCGAGUCAAGAGGAUAUCCAGGAGACUUGAUGCAGAGCCUCAUCAUUAGAGGUAAGGCAUCUGAGGCCCGAAGUCUGUGUGACGGUAAGGGAUUUGAUGACUGGGAGUAUGAUGGAUCUUUUCUGAGCCGCCUUGACAAAAAGCUUGAAGACUGGGAUGACAGACAUGACCUCUUCCAGACACUGGGUGAAGGUUUUGUCGAGGCGGUUUAUGAAGGUGCCUGCGAUCUAUGCCAGUUUCAUAUCUCGGUCGUUGGAGAGAUCUUAGACAGCAGCUCGACCAUACCCGAACUCACCCUUCUAACAGGCCGGCAGACUGGUCGGCUGAGGUCCCCUCUGCUGCAAGCUUCCUUCGGGAGCAAGAGUAAGGAAGAGAUUCUCGACCAAGCCCAUGACAAUAUCAAGCUUCUCGAAGUGCACUUUGACCAGGUCAAACGCUUGGCUGCCAUGAUGGAUCGCAUCAAGAGCCAUUGUGGACUCGAACCCGGGGUUGAGAAUGCUCUCAUGCUAGUGCAGCGCAUGACGUCCAUCCUGAAGCUGGAUCGCAUUGUUGACGAGUGUCUUUUCGGCGACCGCGCUGUCGACAUGGCCUUUGCGAAGAGUCUCGAUAACGGGGUCUACAAAGAGUGUAAAGGCCUAGCUGAGGACCUAACCACACUCAAUACUUUUAUCUUGGCUGCCCAAGUAGCCCUUCCCAGAGCGCUUCAAGCUGAGAUCGACAUCCUCAGGAGACAACUCUCCAUCCAUCCAGAAGAUCCUCAGGAUGCUGAAGGACAAGGCCAACGGCGCUAUCCAGGCCUUGGGGGCCUGCUUUCCAGAAACAAGGCUCUGGCUCUCAACUCGCUGCCUAGCCUUGGAAGCCACAUCGGCUUUGAGAAACCCGACAUCGUGAUUUGCGACAUGCUAGACAUCGGCGGCGACCUAGAACUUUUGCGUCGCUACGUGGAGAAGCUUGUCCAUACUAAGACGGACACAGCCACAACAGCGCUUGAUGAGCGAGUCGUGACUAGCUUCAUAGCUGGCAAGUUUGAUCGCGCCACCUCCAGACUCGCCAGCCGCAUCAAGGCUCAAAUUUCGACACUCGAAAAGUUUGCUGCUCCCCGCGAUACUCGCCCUUCCGACAGAUGCGCGGCCAUGCUACACGUUCUCACUGAACAAGGCAACCCUGAAACCGAGGAAGCACUCAAAGACGUGAACUUGGGCGACCUCCCGGAUCACGUUGCCACAUUGGCCGUUCUGACAUGUAAGAUUCAGGCAGACAUUGAAAACAACCACGGGGCCCUCGUCGAGUCCUUGGGUCGAGAUUUCGUCAGCAAGGUUCUCGAAGCCGCCCACGAUUUGACCAAGGCCGACCUCUUGACCCUCAAGCAGCUCAUCUCCAACGUUGAAAGGAUGCUUGGUCUGAGCCCUGCUGAAGCCGCAGCUCGCUUUCCGGCCAUGAGCAAUGCCAUGGGAUGUCUCAACUUCUUGAUGCGACAUGCAUCAGGCCAGGAGUGA